AUGGCGGCGGUGUCACAGAGUGCCCGGAGCGCGGGGUCGGUCGGCGCCGUGCUCUGCCUGCCCCGGGCCUGCUCCAGCCUCAGGCUACUCACACUUCUUGUGUUUAUAUUACAGAGCCCAGAUGGAAAAUACUUGGCCAGUGGAGCAAUAGAUGGAAUCAUCAAUAUUUUUGACAUUGCAACUGGAAAACUCCUGCACACGCUCGAAGGUCAUGCCAUGCCCAUUCGUUCCCUGACGUUCUCCCCCGACUCUCAGUUGCUGGUCACGGCCUCAGACGAUGGAUAUAUCAAAAUCUACGACGUGCAACAUGCAAACUUGGCUGGCACGUUAAGUGGUCAUGGAUCCUGGGUUUUAAAUGUAGCAUUUUGUCCUGAUGACACCCAUUUUGUUUCCAGUUCAUCUGAUAAAAGUGUAAAAGUUUGGGAUGCUGGGACAAGGACCUGCGUUCACACCUUCUUUGACCACCAGGACCAGGUUUGGGGAGUGAAAUACAACGGAAGUGGGUCCAAAAUUGUAUCUGUUGGAGAUGACCAAGAAAUCCAUAUUUAUGACUGUCCAGUUUAGAUGUCUUGACUCAGACCCUCUGGUGAACUCCUGGGGCAGUUUCAAGGACUGCUCCUGCCCUCUGUAAUUUUUUAGUAUGAUAAAACCAUUUCAUACUGACCUGCAAACCCAGAUAUGUUUAUAUCCAAUUCUGAUUUUGUUUAGCAUGAGAGAAAAGCCUUACUUUUUUAAAAUAAAAGCUAUGGAUGCAA